CAGACAAAGAUAGAGACGGGUCAGUACAAGACGGUUAAGCCGUUCGUCAAAGACAUGCGUCUAAUGUUCACAAACUGUCUCCGAUAUAACAAACCGGACGCACCGGUCAUAGAACAGGCCCGCAAACUCAGGACUUUUGUGCCAAACGAUUUCUUUGAAUACCGUUACGCGAGAAUACCUGAAGAGUUAUUGAAAGAGAAACUGAUAACAAAUAACCACCAAAACGGUCAUCAAAACAAUAGCCACAGUAAUGGACACAACAAUAACACACAUAACAAUCGACAUAAAGAGAAGGAAACCAAUGGCGAGACAGACGGCGAGUCCAUCGAUCGGAUGAGAUUACUGGAAACGCAGGUUAGACUCCUGUCCACCACUAUAUCGGCGCUGACGGGCAUUGACACCAAUAAACUAAAACCCAAGAACGGCGUAAAAAAGAGCGCCACUAAUGGGAACAGUAGGCGGAAGAGACCGACGCCGAAGUCUAACGGCCACAGGAAUGGCAACGCAAACCAUCAUAAGAAGCAAAAGACAGAGUAUUUGAACGGCAAUGACAUCGACGAUGAAGAGUAUGACGAGGAAGAGGAGGACGAGCCGUUGGCGCCGUCGCCCAUAGCCUUCGACGCCAACGAUUUGGACGAUUUACAGCAAUUGAAGACUGAUCUCGAAAAUCUAGAUGCAAAGGAUUUAAAGAAUGUGUUGCGAAUCCUUCAGUCGACCGAACCGUCUAUAAAGUGCGAUAACGACGAGAACAUUGAGAUCGACUUCGAGGCACUCAAACCCGAAACACUGAUGGCUUUGCGAAAGUUUGUCUCGUCGUGUAUGUUGAACAGCAAACCCAAGAAGAGUCGCGCGUCGCUAAACGGAUCCGAUUCGAGCAAAACGAGAACGAACUGUGAUAUGAAAAAUGGAUACAAUGUCUCGUCGACUGCCGGCGCCGAUCCGUCUAACGAUGCCAUGAAUUUGAGUGAUAGUGAGUCCGAGUCGUCCUCUUCUAGUGAUAGCGAAGAAGACUAAACCCCAACAAAACAACACUUCAUUACUUCAAUCAAUCGCUCACCCGUUCAUUCAUUAUAAUAUUUUUGGUCUCACUUUUCAAAUACACAUUUCAUUAACACUUAUAAACACUACU